AUGGCGUCUCAGGCAAAGCUCGACGAGUUGGCUAAAGAAAAUGAGCGCCUCUCUAACAUCGUCUCCGCGAAAGAUAACCUCGAUCCACCCGGUAGCUCGGAUGCAGGGGGGGGUGUCGAAAUUCCUGUUGCGGACAACGUGGAACCGCGAGUCGAUCAGCACUAUCGCACGCCAAAACUUCAGCCCUUUUACAAGGCGGAUCCUGCCUUGUGGUUUUUUCGGUGCGACGCGGCGUUUAGGAACGCGAAAAUAACGCGAAGUGAGAGCAAGGUCGAUUAUGUAAUCGAAAUGUGCGGAAAUGACGUGGUCACUAGCAUUGCAGACAUUUUGCGCCUCGAAGUAUGCCCGGAUAGGUACGAGCGAAUCAAAGAUCGGCUGAUUCAGUCGUUCGGCAGCUCAUCCGAAACUAAGCUUCGGCAGCUUUUGCGAAACCAAGUUUUAACGGACGGUAAACCGUCGCAGAUUCUAGCUCGAUUGCAGAGUUUGAACGAAUCCGGUUGUGAUGACAGUGUGAUCCGCACACUUUUUCUGGAACACUUGCCUCAGCAAUGUAAACUAGUGCUUGCCGUAUCCGAAAUUACCGAUCUACAGAAGCUAGCGUCCGUAGCGAAUAAACUAAUGGAAGUCGCGCCGUCGGUUUCAAAUAGCUCGUCAUUUGCGGUAACCGCGGCCGCGAAGGAGCCUGAGUCUGACAAUACAAUGACGUCAUUGUUAACCGCACUUAAAGCGUUAAAUUGUAACGUCGAAAAGCUGAGCAAGAAGGUUGACCGUCGGUUGCGAUCAAGAGAACGCAGUGCUUCUCGUAGUAGAUCUCCGUCGAGAUCGGGCAGAAAAAGAAACGUGCCCAAGCCAGCUCACCUUAAGCUCCGUGCCGCGAACAAUACCCUAAUCGAUACUUUCGGUGAUUCUCACCUCGUCCUCGAUUUGGGCCUCAGGCGACAUAUAUCCUGGAACUUUUGCGUUGCAUCGGUUCCAACCGCAGUCAUUGGGGCGGAUAUCUUAUCGCAAUUCGGUCUAGUAAUUGAUCUCAAGCACAAACGCCUAAUCGAUCCGCUUUCUGACAUCUCUGUUCCAGGCAGUGUCAGACCAAGCCCGAUGCUCUCUUUGAGUGUCGUCAAGUCUUUCUCACACAGUCGUUAUUCGGAUAUACUGGCAGCCUUUCCGGAACUUUUCCGCACGGCACCAGUGGCCCCUUUAGAAGUGCGAGACGUACUACAUCACAUUGUAACGUCUGGGCCCCCGGUCUCCGAGCGACCUAGACGGUUGUCCCCAGACAAACUCAAGGUGGCCAAGGCAGAGUUUAAGCAAAUGUGCGAGGCCGGAAUCUGCCAGCCGUCUUCUAGUCCUUGGGCCAGCCCGAUUCAUAUGGUUCCCAAGGCCGACGGUUCGUGGCGAAUAUGCGGUGACUAUCGCCGCCUCAAUGCCGUCACUAUACCCGAUAGGUAUCCACCACCUCGAUUGCAGGACUUCGCAGCAAAUUUACACGGUGCAACCGUUUUCUCGACCCUCGAUUUACAUGCGGCUUACUACGAAAUUCCGGUCGCUCCGGAAGAUGUGCCAAAAACAGCCGUCACCACUCCCUUCGGAUUAUUUGAAUUUUUAGUCAUGACCCCAGGCCUGCGCAACGCUGGUCAGACGUUUCAGCGCCGUAUGGACCAGGCGUUCUCUGGCCUUGAUUUUGUUUUCGUUUUUUUUGAUGAUGUUCUCGUUGCCUCCUCGAGCCCAGAGCAGCACGAGGAACAUCUCAGGAUUGUCUGUGAUAGGCUGAAAAGAUUUCAUACUUACAGUCUUGUCAAUUAA